AUCCGCAUUGAUGGUGACCACGUCCUUGUUGCCCAGCUUAAAAAUGAUGACGGCGAACUAAUUGAUUCUUCUAUUGACCUGGACGAGAUCCUUGGAAAUGACGAUGGUCAGUUCCAGUGGGGGGAUGGGAACUUUUCCAAGACUGCUGAUGAUGUCGAGUUGGACUUUGAGGGUGAGGUGCCUGUUCUUCAGGCACAACUGACAGAGGCUGAUGGGAGUUUCGUCCCCGCUGAGAUCAACCUGGCCGAGCGUAUUAUCAACGAAAACGGCGACUUGGUGUUCGCGUAA